AUAGAACCAGUCCUUGAUAUAUAUCCGUCCUGGUGAGCAGGAUGAAUAUUGUUCUGUGUAUCCUAGUAUCUGUCCUAACCCAGAGCAGUGCUAGCAAACCAAACAUACUUUUCAUACUAGCAGACGAUUUAGGUUUUGGAGAUGUAUCUUGGAACAACCCAGAGAUGAUAACCCCGAACCUAGAACGGUUAGCUGGUCAAGGGGUUAUCCUGGAUCAGUAUUAUACUCAACCUAAAUGUUCUCCGUCAAGAGCUGCAUUGAUGACAGGUUUGUAUCCGUUCAGAACAGGGAUGCAGAGAGGAAGUAUCGGACCUUUCCGUCCUACAGGUUUACCUACACCCUUCCCUACUCUACCAGAGAUACUGAGAAACCAGGGAUAUUCAACACAUCUGGUAGGUAAAUGGCAUCUAGGAUACUGUAAUGAGAACUAUCUCCCUACCAGAAGAGGUUUUGAUUCAUUUUUCGGAGAAUACGCUCAACAAGCCGAUCAUUAUACUAGAGAACAUGAGGUGAAUCGUCAUAUAGGAACUGGAUAUGAUCUUCGCAGAGGAGAGAAUGUCAGCUAUGAGAACCUUGGAUUGUACAGCACAUUUCUUUGGGAAGAGGAAACUAUUAAUAUAUUAGAUAAGGCUUCGACUUCAGAUCCUUGGUUUCUUGAAGUUUCUCUGACAGCUGCUCAUCCUCCCUACCAGGCCCCUGACAAAUAUAUUAAAAUGUACGAGAGGAAGAAUAGAAGAAAAAAGCAGAAAAAUAAUCGGUCUGAUCAGGACAAUAUCAGGAAAGCUAUGAUAACUGCUAUAGAUGACAGUGUUGGAAGAAUAAUAGACAAACUCAAAUCAACAGGGUUGGACGAGAAUACUCUGGUUGUGUUCAGCUCCGAUAACGGCUCCGGGCACUCCGAUGCCAACGGAAGCCUGAGAGGAAAGAAAGGUUACGUGUUUGAGGGAGGGGUUCGUGUUCCAGCAUUUAUCCAGGGAACACCUCUACUACACCAGAUGUUGGUUACACCUGGGUAUUCAAGCUCAGCACUAGUUCAUAUUGUGGAUUGGUUCCCAACCCUGCUCAGAUUAUCUGGAGAGAAACUGUCCAACCUAGAAACUGAUGGAGUUGAUAUCUGGGAACCAUUAACGACAGGAGAGAUAUCCCAGAGAGAAAUAUUAGUUUAUAAUUUGGACCUGGAUGAUCAAAGCAAAACCUUUCAGUUUGCGGUUAGAAAAAAUAACUGGAAGCUGAUUUGGGGACAAACAAAGGAGUUUAAACCUCACAAGAAAGAAAAAAAUGAGUUGUUUCUCUUCAACCUGGCCAGGGACCCGAACGAGACUGAAAACCUAGCGGAGAGCGAACCAUCUAUAGUUCAAGAAUUGAAAAAAAUUGUGAAAAAUCUUACCAAGGAGACACGAACUGCUUUUCACCCGAAUAGAUUUAAUCUUGGGUUCCCUAAGUACCAUGAAGGUUUACUAUCUCCAGGUUGGUGUGGAACUGGAUGGUGGAAAAUAUUGUGGAACUCUGAAUCUACCUCUUUGGGGAGAUUCGUCCAAGCUUUAUGAUAAACUCUUUUCUUUAAAAUAUAUUUUAAACUCUA